CAACUCGUUGAAUGUCAAUUGUUUUGGUUUAUAUUUUUGUUUUUGCAAAAAUAGAUUAAAUUAAUUAAAAUGUUAAAUUUUUUAAAACAAACUCGUAAAUUAGUUAACGCUAAGGAACCAAUAUGUAUUGUUUUGGGGAAUGAAUCCUGUGAUUUAGAUUCAGCUGUAUGUGCUGUUUCUAUGGCAUAUUUUUACCAAAAUAAUAAAAAAUGUGGUUUGAAUUCCUCAAAGACAUAUAAUUAUUUACCAGUACUAAAUAUUCCUAGAAGAGAUUAUCCCCUAAAAACUGAAGUGAAGUAUAUAUUUCAAGAAAAUAACAUCAACGACGAAAUGCUUACGUUUAAAGAUGAGUUAACCGAAGAUUUUUUAAAUCGUACCACAUUUGUGUUAGUCGACCAUCAUCUUAGUCCAUGGUCAGAAAAAUGUGUGGCAAUAUACGACCAUAGACCCAAAGAUGAAUCAGCAAUAAUUCCUGACAAAUGUCAAAUACAUUUGGAUUUAGUAGGUUCCUGUGCAACGCUUGUUGCUGAAGAAUUCAUAAAAGCAAACAUGUUGGGUGAACAAGAGAAGGACAUUUUAAAUUUAUUACGUAGUACUAUAGUAUUAGAUACCGUUAACUUCUCAGAGUCUGCUGCCAGAGCUACACACAAAGAUGUAGAAAUUUGUUCAGCAUUAGAAGAAGCUUUGACAAAAUUUAACAAUUUACAAAGCAGAGAUGUGUUGUUUGGAUCUUUAGUAAAGGCUAGAGCAGAUGUGAGUUCUCUAACAGCUUCUCAGUUGUUAAGAAAAGAUCUCAAAAUAUUAACUUCAUCCAAAGAUGGAACCAUUAAAGUUGCAUUGCCUGGUAUCCCUUUAACAGUACAGCAAUUUAUUUUGAAAUCUAGUGCAGAUGAGGCGGUAAGAGAAUUCGCUGAAGAAUUCAAAUGCAGUGUAGUGCUUUUGAUGGGUAUGUAUGUCCGAACCGAAGACAAUAGUGUCCAUCGUGAUUUUGGUUUAAUUAAUAUUAGCGAUUUAACUUUAUGCGAAUCCAUAAAAAAUCGCCUUUUGUCAUUAGAUGAGCCUAAUUUAUCUACUGAAUGUUGCAAAGAUUGUAAUUUUAUGGAUGGAUCAUUUUAUAAACAACAUAAUAUUAAGGUGACGAGAAAACAUAUUCUACCUAUUGUAAAAAAUAUUAUAGAUCAAUAAAAUGUUUGAAAAUA